ACCGCACUGACGGGAGCAGUCGAGUGCCCAGCGGCCCCACAGCCAGGCCAGACCCAGGCCAACACACCUCCUAAUCUGCUUCCAAAGUCCCCGGUGUUUCCGUCCUCCCGACACAGUGUGCCAGUGACCGAGCGGGCCUUUUCCCAUCCGCAGCGGACAGUAAGGGAGCGACCUCCACGUGGCGUGACAAUCCAGUGUUUGGCGAGGAGUGGUAACAAAGUGAGGAAAGGUGACGCGCUACAAGUAGAGUGCACCGGGAAGGAAUAAUUGUAAUUCUAUAGAUUGUCGAUCCAGUUCGCUAUAGUGUGUGAUAGUUUCUUCGACUGCCAAGAGAAAAAUAAGAAAUCCAAAAUGAUGAUGCCUCUCCUCCAAACCGUCGUGGUGGUGAUCGCGAUGACGUCACACUUAACCCAGGCCACAGACACUCUACCCAAAAUCUGCUCCUUAUGCGCCUGUAUCCCCACCUCCACCGAGGUCGACUGCCGAAAUCGGGACUUACGUGUAAUUCCCGAUCUCUCCCAAGAAAAGAUAAACUACACCUGGAGUCUUGAUCUUAGCAACAAUAUGAUCAAGAGCAUCACACAGUUUCCAAGUCUCCCAAAGCUCGUGGAACUCCAUAUUCAAAAGAAUUACCCUUCAAGUAUCGAGAACGCGGCCUUCGCAAACCUGGAUAACCUGAAGACUUUGAAUCUGCGGAAUAACGAUCUCACGCACAAUGAUAUAAGGGAAGGAGUUUUUGAAGGUAAAUACAGCCAGAACGCAUCCUUCCCUCUUGCCAUAGAAGUGCUCGACCUGAGUUACAACAACUUCAGUCUCCUCCCAAGGAACUGCUUCAGCCACUUGCCUGUUCUGAAGAAGCUGAUCCUGGCCCACAACCCGCUCGGCGACAUCUCCCACGCAACCAGCAUGGCCAUCAACGAACUCCACAGCCUUAACGAACUCGAUCUCUCGCAGACCGGAAUCGACCGUCUUCCGCACGGCUUCCUCACUGACCUCCUCAACCUUCAGGUGCUGAUCCUGGCAGGGAACAACAUCCAGAGGGUGCCUGAAGAGAUCAACUACGGUCGCUCGCUGACUCACCUCAACCUCAAUGCUAACCCCAUUGAGAUCGUGCAAGAAGGUGACUUCACGAACAAGAGUGCCGGUCUGCGGAGACUCGACAUGUCCGCGAUGCCCAAGCUGAAGACGAUAGGUCGCCACGCCUUCUCGAACCUCAACAGCCUCGAGGUUUUGCACCUCUCUAACUGCCCGAACCUCUUCGUGAUCGACAACGAGGCUUUCUAUCAGCUGGACCCCAAGGAGACGCUGAAGGAGGUCCACCUCCAGGCCAACCGCCUCUCAUCCCUGAACGAGAAUAUGCUUCCUUGGCUGAACAUCAAGUACGUGGACAUCCAAGACAACCCGUGGAACUGCGACUGCAACCUGAAGUGGGUGGCCGAGAAGCUCCUCCCCCACCUCGAGGAGAACCCGGGCACCACACUGUCCCUUCUGUGCACAGACCCCCUAGAGCACCGAGGAGAGACAAUGUCUAAGGUUUUGGAAGAUGAAAAAGGCUUCCAGUGUCCUUACGCCCACUCCUUCGUCAAGCGGGGCAUGUACGGUCCUCUCGUGCUGAGUACCAUCGUUGUGGGCAUCAUCCUGCUCGUUACAGGAUCUGUGCUCUUCGCCUAUGCUCUAUAUAGACGCACUCGGACUGGCGCGAGAUUCGGAGAGUCGGUCAAAUACCGGCGAGCGCACGAUGAGGACGACGAAUCUUUCCCCAAUACCAUCCACAGCUAGACGCCCUUGCUGUACAGAGUAGAGUUAGCUACAUAAACCAAGCAUCACUUGACACCUCUUGUUCUCGAAUACCAUUACCAGGGAUUGUACAAGCGUUUCUGUAAAGGAUUUCAAACAUCUAAGAUCAUAUAAACCUCCCAUAUAUGUUUGACGAGAGCUCAGUUCACUCGAUGUUUCUGUGAGUGUUAUUCGCACGUUUAAUGUCUUGCAAUAUUGCAGUCACUGGCCGCGUAACAACACUUAUUCAUGGUGCUGUACUCUCGUAUCCUGUGGCAGUUUUAUUUUCGUUUAAAGUAGCAAAAAAGAUUCAUAUUUCUAUUUCUAUUUGCAGUGACAGCGAAUCCACAAUGAUUAUUUUAUGAUUCGCUUGAAUAUGUAACAUAUUUGAAAAUAAGAUCCUUUUCUAUUCAUAAGUUAAAUUUACUGGGAGACUUCCAUUUUUAUUACUAUUGUACCGUACUUUUAAGUCUUAUCAACUUACUGUACAUUUAUAUAAUAUAUUUAUGAUUUUCUGGUUGAACGACUUUUCAGUGUGAUAGAUUAAUGAUAUACACGGUAUAUAUAUAUAUAUAUGUA